AUGUCGGCAAUAUUAUACGUUAAAUGGAACGGAAAGAGGUUUCCUGUAGAGUUCACUGGUACAAAAGAAUUACAGGACACAACAGUUCGUGAACUCAAAGCAACCUGUCACCACAUAACGGGAAUCGAUCCGAAAUUCAUGAAGAUCAACGCUUUUGGUGCGUACAUGACACAAGAUGAUUUACCUCUUAGUGCUUAUGGACUUCGAUCGGGUUGCUUUAUUACUUUAAAAACUAUGGUAAAAUACAGAUUUUCAUCCUUGAAAAAACUUGCCUUUCAGGUUUUAAACUUUUGA